AUAGACAGAAAUUGAAUUGAAGAGAGAAAGAGGGAAAAGAAAACAACGGGGUGUAUUCAUUUAAAUGUAUUGUUUAGUAUGAGUUAUUUUAUUUUUAUAACAGAUUAAUGACAUGGCCACGAAAAAAAUGUCUUUGUCUCAAAACAAACAAUCAUCUCUCAUGAACUUUGUGAAAAAAACCAGUAGGGAAUCUUCACGGAAUAGUAGUCCAACUCCAGGCGGUGACAAUGAGCAGGUGUCCGAAAAGAAAUCCAAAUUUGUAUGGAAGUCCAAGUCCACACCCACCUCGAAUUCUUGGACACCACCAUUCAAACAGAAUCCUGUUGGUGUUUCAUCACAUCAAGUCCCACCUAGACAGAACCAAAUAUUGCCUGUCACGCCAAUAGUUAAUACUCCUCCCUCAGCCUUCAACCAGUCCCUGAAAUCAAAUGUUCCAUGUGACAAUAGCAAUGACAUGUUUGCCAUGGAUGUGGAUGACUCAAUGGACUUUCUUGAAACAAACAUAUCAAAAAAUAAAAGCCAAUCACCAAAAGAAACCAACAGAUCUAUCAGAAUCAGUUCCAGCCCUUCACCCUCAAAACCUGAGCGCAAAUCGGAAGCCAGAGACAAGUCUGUUGAAAACAAGAAAGUUUGUCGAACACCAGAAAAAAGUAGUCCUAAGAAGGAUAAGGACCCUCUGAAGAAUCUCAAGCUGGAUAGCUCAAUAUCAGGGUUCUUGCAGAAGGUUUCUCAUCAUCCAGCUUUGAAGAAAGCUAGUGAGGAUCGUAGCCUCCAAACAAAAGAUAAAGAAGACUGCAAAAAGAUGUACAUAGAACUGUUAGAAAAAAUAGCCGACGCGUUUGACAGAAUACCAAACUGCAUCAAAGAAAAAUUCCCCGGUUACGAAAACAAAACUUACGCUAAAAUGAAACUGUUGAAAUCAAAAUUAAAAACAGCAAUAACUAAAGUACCUGAUGAUACAACUCAGUGCUUCUUAGAUAGUCAACCCAGUACUAGUAAAUGUAAUACACAAGUAAAUGGUCGGGAAAGUCCAUCGUUACUUGGUGAUAUUGAUGACAUAAACGACUUCCAAAUGCCACGACACAAACUUCUUAACGGGGAAAGACCUGUCCUGACAUCUGAUACUUCAACACCAGAAUUUACAUUUAACAAAGCAGCCCCAAAUAAAACGAUAUAUUCUGAUUUAAUGGCUAAAAAAUCUCUAUCUUUUGAAGCGUUUUCGCCUGCAGGAAAUGAUAGCGCCCAAUCAGACGUAGAGAAUUUAGAUACAUCUGAAUCAAAUAAAAGUAAAGGGAAAUUUGUUUUUAAAAAACCUUCUAGACUUAGCGAAGAUAACACUACGCCAAACAGAGAUGUACCUUCAAAGACUUUAGAAAGGUUCAAAAACGCAUCCGAAAGACUCAAGCCAGUAUUAGCUGAAGAACCUGCUAAAUACGUGCCUGUAGCAAACAGCUCAGUUGGUUUCCAACCCUCUGAGUUGAGUAAGAAUUUGUCAAGCUUCAACAAACCUUGCACGGCUGUUUCGCCAAUAAUAAAAGAACCGGUUCAAGACUACGAUGAAAACGAUUAUGAAAUACCUUUAGAUAUGGAUGAUGAUACGGAUAUCAUUCCAGAAAGUUCUAAAGCCAGUGUGAUUGAUAUAAGUGAUUCUCAGCCAAGUAUAAGUAACACUCAGAUUGUGAAUGGUAAGGAGGUUGCAGUGGACGACGAUGGUUGGCCGGAGUACAAGCUGGAAGAUUUUGAGGAUGAUAUGGAUAUAGCGCUGACAACGGAACCGGAAGUUGUGAAGCUGAUGGAGAAUUCUACCUUGGAGACGGAGACGCCUAAGUAUAAGGGCAUGGGGAAUUUCCAUGAGGGGACGCAGAAUGAUGGAAUUACUGGCGAGUUCGACGGCAUGGACUACCCUCACUCAUCCCUUAUGAUGGAAAUGUUCAGCGAGAAGUUCGGUCUUCGCUCCUUCCGACCAAACCAGUUGCAAGUGAUCAAUGCUACUUUGUUGGGACACGACUGUUUCGUACUCAUGCCUACUGGCGGAGGUAAAUCAUUGUGCUACCAGCUGCCAGCAAUCUUAACGCCAGGGGUGACGAUCGUCAUAUCUCCACUGAAGUCGCUCAUUUUGGACCAAGUCAACAAACUGCUAUCACUAGAUAUCCCAGCGGCCCAUCUCUCCGGCGAUGUAUCUUUAGCCGAGGUGGACGAGAUAUACCACAAGUUGUCACUACGGGAGCCAACCAUCAAGCUGCUCUACGUGACUCCAGAGAAGAUCAGCAGCUCACCUAAGUUCCAGUCUAUGUUAGACACGCUCUACUCGCGGGACAAGCUGGCCAGGUUCGUGAUCGACGAAGCACAUUGCGUGUCCCAGUGGGGCCACGACUUCCGGCCGGACUACAAGCGGCUGUACAUGCUGCGGGAACGGUUCCCCACCACCAACAUCAUGGCACUCACUGCCACCGCCACGCCGAGGGUCCGCAUGGACAUAUUGCAUCAGCUAAAGGUAUCGAAGUGCAAAUGGUUCCUGUGUUCGUUCAACCGGCCCAACCUAGCCUACCGUAUCCUCGAAAAGAAACCCAAGAACAUCAACCAAGACGUUGCGAACAUAAUUAAGGAGAAGUUCUUCCGUGACUCGGGCAUAGUUUAUUGCCUGUCGCGAAAAGAGUGCGAGACUCUGUCCGGAGACCUUCGUAAAGUGGGCAUCCAAGCCGCGCCGUACCACGCCGGCCUGCCGGACAAGAAGAGGGAACAGGUGCAAGCGGGAUGGGUCGCUGACAAGUUUAAAGUGAUCUGCGCGACGAUUGCGUUCGGAAUGGGAGUCGACAAAGCAGACGUGCGAUACGUGAUCCACCACAGUAUGCCGAAGUCAGUAGAGGGAUAUUACCAAGAGGCCGGUCGCGCUGGUCGCGACGGAGAGCUGGCUACUUGUCUACUGUAUUAUUCGUAUUGUGACGUGGCGCGGUAUCGGAGACUGCUUGAUAUGGAACGCAACGCUACCCCGGAGGCGAAGCGAGUGCAUAUCGAAAACUUGCUGCGAAUGGUGGAGGUCUGCGAGAGCGUCACGGAGUGUCGCCGCGCGCAGGUGCUGGGGUACUUGGGCGAGCGCUUCAGCCGCGCGGAGUGCGCCGCUUACAAGGCGGCCGCCUGCGACAACUGUCUGCAGGCUGCUGAUUAUAAGCCUGUGGACGUAACAGAAGAAUGCAAGCUCAUCGUUCGCGGCAUCCGCGACGCUACCGCGAGUCGCUCCUCGUUCACCUUACUGCAUAUCGCAGACGCACUUAGAGGGUCCAUGCAGCAAAGGAUACAGUCCUUACACAAGAGCCCUAUACACGGACGGUGUAAGUCAUGGCAGCGCGGCGACCCGCUCCGCCUGCUGCGGCAGAUGGUGGUUCGCUCGCUGCUGGCCGAGAAACUCGUGGUCAACAACGAUAUCGCCAGCGCUUACGUCAUUCUGGGACCCGCUGUUGACAAGUUAAUGUCAGGCAACGUCCGCGUAGUAUUCCCAAUGAAGGUGGAAAAGAAACCUAAACUGACGGUGACAGCUGCCGCGCCCGCCGCCAAGGCCGACACGCCAAUCAACGCGCUCAUCAAGAGGAUAGAGGAGAGGUGCUACGCCGACCUGGUCGAGGCUUGUCGGGAAAUGGCGGAAGCUCGCGGCACAUCCCUAAUAGCAGUAAUGCCGCUGGCCGGCUUAAAGGCCAUGUCUACACGGCUACCAGAAUCGCCGGACGACAUGCUAUCUCUGCCUCAUGUCACCCGCGCCAACUAUGACAAAUAUGGCGCGGAGCUGCUCAAGAUUACAUCAGCUUAUGCCGUGGAAAAGAUGGGUCUUCUCAUGCAGUAUCAAGACGAGUUAGAACAAGAGAAACCAGCCGAAGAUGAUUUCGCCGACGGCACUGACUCAGAAACAGACUGGGACAGUCUGGCCAAAGGCGCUAGCCACAAUGCAAGUGCCUCAAGUACCAGGAGUCGAGGACGCGGGAGGAGCUUCACAAGAGGAGUUAAGAAGAGGUUUAAGAAGAAGCGAGCAGCGUCGGCAGCCAAGACGAAAGCCGCACUAGGCGCUUACGCGGCGCGCGGGCGCGGCGCGACCAGUGCCCGGGGCGCGAGCGCGGCCGGCAGCUCCGCGGCUGCCAAGCCCGUGCCCGCUUGGAAAUCUUCAGCUGGAAACAAGCUGGGAAGCAUGCCGGUGCCUCGCGCCAAUACUGUGCUCAAUACCAGGCCGGGCGUCUUUAACCCGUCCAAGCUCAACCUGUUAUAGACCCAACAGCUGAAAUUGAUAAUCGGAUGAAGGUAAUAUUUCGAUAUUAACUAAAACUGCAGUAUUAACAGGCUGACCGUAUGCUUGUUUGCCACCGACGUAGUUUAAAAAAAAACUCAAUAUGAAGAUGAAGAUUUGAAGAAGUUAUAGCACAACCUAUAAAAUAAACAAAUGACCAAAU